CUGGAAUAGAAAGUUCUGUCGACGCCAGCUGGAGCUGGAGCCCCCACAGCGCUAUCAAGAUCUGAGAAGCUUCUGGGAGAAUGCAAAAAACCCAAAUGCUCUUCCAGGAUGGAUUCAUUAGUGAUUGUGGAUGACCGCUGUGAUCCCACUCCUGUUAUUGCUACCCCAGGACAAGGGAGGAUUCAGUACGGACGAGCGUGGGAGUCACUUCAAUACAUGAGAUUGCAUGUCAAUGUUCAGGCUCUUAAUGCAGGGGAGUUAAAUAACCAUGUGAAGAACGAUAGAAUAGACAAGGCCGAGAGAAGAAUAUUGUUCGUGCCAGCUGCCAGCCUCUAGGCUACUGGAGGAAUGCUAUGAAAGGGAUCCAGAUACACCACAGAGAUAUAACACCUUCAGUAUGCCCAUCAAUAAUCAAAAACACCACCGUCUUUCACCUGCCCGAGAUUCGAUCUUUCCUUGCUAGACACAUUGACUUCAGUCCUUACAUCAAUGUUUCACAGUCUAUGGACGCACCGUCCGGUGGGACCGUGAAACAGGACGCUCCCAUUUGGGAAGCGCGAUACUACUUCCUCA